GCGGCGGCGGCACACAGGCCGCACUCUAGCGACAGUCGGAGGUGCGCGCGGUCGCCGCUGUCUCGUGCACACCGCUGUGCUCGGUGCGACCUCUCGCCGUGCUGAAUGAUGUCCGCGCUCGCCACCCUCAGCCACGCACAAUGACCAAGUAUAAGUUGAACAACGCGCUGCGUUCCUCCUCCGAGGUGACGCUCACCUCCUACCUGGCGGCCGAGGGCGCCGCCGGCAAGCGGGAUGACCGCGCAUAUCACAUACCCGUGCUGGACAAUGACAACCUGGACACGGAGGCCAACAGAAACCUUGCGGGCGCGCGCUGCCCCGGCUGCCCCUCUUGCGCACUGCCCGCCGCGCUCCCGGCCGACCUGGCCGCCUCCCUCGCCAAAAACGAGUGCGACAGGUUCGGACUCAACGAGCUCAAAGUCGAGGGCCUGGACAGAAAUGUGUGCCUCUGCGAGAAGUUCAACGGCGGCUGCAAGCUGUGCCCGCGGCCUAGCCUGGCGCCUACGCUCAGCCUGGGCACCGAGGGCAAGGAGUCCUGCCUCGCCUGCCACCGCGGCACCUGCGGCGCACCCUAUUCUAAUGGCAGUGGAUACGCGCUGGGUGGUGCGGGUCCGGCGCGGCGCGGCUGGCGCGGCUGGCGUGGUGCGGCGGUGCGGCGCGCGCGGGCCUGCUGUUCCGCUAAGAUGCUACUGCGCCGACUGCCUAUCCUCGCCUGGCUGCCCACAUAUAACUUCAGGAGCGGCCUCGCAGACCUCAUUGCAGGCGUGACGGUGGGGCUGACGGUGAUCCCGCAGGCGAUCGCGUACGCGGGCGUGGCGGGCCUGCCGCCGCAGUACGGCCUCUACUCCUCCUUCAUGGCGUGCUUCGUGUACACGGCGCUGGGCUCGGUGAAGGACUCCGCGGUGGGGCCGACCGCCAUCGCCGCCAUCCUCACUCGAGAAAACCUGCACGGCCUCGGGCCCGAGUUCGCCGUGCUGCUCGCCUUUCUUUCCGGCUGUGUUGAGCUGCUCAUGGGUCUGCUGCAACUAGGGUUCCUGAUCGACUUCAUCAGCGGGCCGGUGUCGGUCGGCUUCACCUCGGCCGCGGCCAUUAUCAUCGCCACCACGCAGGUCAAGGACAUCCUUGGCCUCAGCUUUCCCGGCGGCAAGUUCCUGCAGGUGUGGGCGGGGCUGUACGAGCACAUCGGCGAGACCCGCCUGUGGGACGCCGCACUCGGCCUCGGCUGCAUCCUGCUGCUGCUGCUGCUGCGGAAAGUGAAAGACAUCAAUGUGGGGGCGAGUGAGAAGGGCGGCGGGGGGCGCGGGCGCGCUGCGCUGGCGCAGGCACUGUGGUUCCUCUCCACCACCAGGAACAUCCUGGUGGUGCUCGUGUGCGCCGGCCUAGCGUACUACUUCGACACCAAGAACCAGACGCCGUUCGUGCUAACCGGAGAGGUGCGGGCGGGCCUGCCGCGCCUGGCGCCGCCGCCGCUGUCGGCCACGGUGGGCAACCACACCUACAGCUUCGUCGAGAUGACGUCCACGCUGGGCUCCGCCAUUUUCGUCGUGCCGCUGCUAUCCAUACUAGAGAACAUCGCUCUCGCUAAAGUCUUCUCGGAAGGCAAGUACGUGGACGCGACGCAGGAGAUGAUAGCGCUGGGGGUGUGCAACAUGGCUGCCUCGCUGGUGGACUCCAUGCCGGUGUCGGGCGCACUGUCCCGCGGCGCCGUCAACCACGCGUCCGGCGUCGCCACGCCCGCCGGCGGCCUCUACACCGGCGCCCUCGUGCUGCUGGCGCUGCAGUACUUCACGCCGUACUUCUACUACAUCCCGAAAGCGUCAUUGGCGGCCGUCAUCAUCGCCGCCGUCGUCUUCAUGAUGGAGCUGCACGUCUUCAAGCCCAUCUGGCGGACCAAAAAGGUGGAUAUAAUCCCCGCGGUGGUGACUUUCGCGGCGUGCUUGCUGCUGCGCUUAGAGCUGGGCAUCGUGGUGGGCAUCGCCGUCAACUUGUUGUUCCUGCUGUACGCCUCGGCGCGGCCCGCCGUGCGUAUCUCCAGCGCCCUGUCGAGUGACGGCGUGCCGCACGUGGUGGCGACCGUGGACCGCGCGCUGGCGUUCCCCUCGGCGGAGUUCGUGCGGCGCGCGCUGCGCAAGGCGGCCGACAGCACGCGCGCGCCGCUGGUGCUCGACGCCUCGCACGUGCAGGCCGCAGACUUCACCGCCGCCAGGGGCAUCAAGGCGUUGAUCGAGGACUUCCACGCGCGCGGGCAGACCAUCAUCUUCUACAACGUGAAGCCCUCCAUAGCGGAGGUGUUCCGCGGCGUGCGGCCGCGCGAGUUCCUGCACUGCUCGUGCCGCGCCGAGCUGGACCGGCUGCUGCUGGAGGCGCAACGGCGCGAUAAGCAGGCGUGCACCUAGCGAACACGAUCUCGGAACAUUGUACCAAAUUAAUUCUGGAUGAAUUAUUCCAUUGUUGUACUAUAAAAGUAGUUAUAGGUAGUGAGUUUGUAUGUAGUGUAGACGUAGAAAAUUUGACUGGACGAUAUUUAAGUUAAUUGUAAAAAGAACGUCGGAUAUUUCAAAGACAGUAUUGCCUAGUACGGUAUGUAAAAAUGUAUUAUAUUUAUAUGUAGCAGCAGCAUAAGUUAACAUAAGUAGGGUUAGCAGAGUGCUUCUAGAACUAAGGAACCUUGUGACGACUGAAAGUGACACAACUUGUUUAAAUAAAAACAAACAAAUAUUGUUGAUUUUUAUUGCUCCUGUGGCGUUAACUAAGCUACAAGAAGACUACUUGUGUAUGAAAACAACAGAAAUAAUCACUAUCUAGUUCAGUUAAAAUUGUUUUGGAAUAUACAGGUUAUGAA